GAAGGGAAUCAAGAAGAAGACAGAACUGCAGGAGGAAGACACAAUACACAGGAGAAUCCACUAAGCUGUAGUGCUGACCUUCAGAAUGGAAAGCCGUAGGGCAGUGAAACCUCCUAAGAAAUCUGCCAUCCCAGGGGUGACCAUCAAGCAGUUUGUUGAAGUUAUUCCAAAAGGAUGUAGCACGCCUGACUUUGAGCGAAAACCCAUCACCCUAACAUUACAGGAAGGUAAAAAUGCCAUAUUCAGGGCUGUGGUUAAGGGUGAACCCCCACCCAAGGUGAUAUGGAAGCGGAGCAAAAAAGAAAUGAACAAUCCUGACAAAUACCAAAUGUCCUUCAAUGGCAUUACAAAUGAGUUCAUCCUGCAGAUAAACAAACUCACUGCAGAAGAUACUGAUUUGUACCAUUGCUCUGCUGUGAAUGAGUAUGGGGAAGCUGCAUGCGCUGCUGGCCUCAAGGUCAUUCAAGUUAGUUUCAAGAAAACAACAAAACCAUUCCCCACUGAGUCUCAGGAGGACCUGAAGAAAGAGUUGCAGGACUACAGGAAAAUGUUAAGGAAGCGAACUCCACUACCUGCACAGAAGAAGGAAGUUGACAUGGAACAGGUCUGGCAGUUGCUGCUGAAUGCUGAUAGGAAGGAUUAUGAGAAAAUCUGUUUAAAGCAUGGGAUUGUUGACUUCCGUGGGAUGCUGAGGAAGCUUCAGCAGAUGAAGAAGGACAGAGAGGACAAGCAACAACAGUAUAUCUACAGUGUCACAAACCUCAAACACAUCAAGGUCAAUAAGGAGGGGAAUGCUACAUUCCAUCUAGAGAUGGACCUGAAAAAUCCUGAGAGCAGAAUUUACCUGUACAAGGAUGGCCAGCUGAUCAAUUAUGGAUUCAAUGAUGACAAAGUAAAGCACUGUCUGAGGCAGGCAGGGAAAAAGUACAACUUCACCAUCAACCACCUGCAGCUGGAAGAUGCCGGCGUGUACCAGAUCAAAGUGGAGGAUGUGGAUGUCUUCUCAACUGAGUUAGAAGCUGACUUCAUUCCUGUGGGAUUCCGACACUUGCUUAGUGAAGUGCACUGCCAUGAGCAAGGAAAUGCCAUCUUUGAAUGCAGCCUAUACAGCCCCUGCUAUGAUGCCGUGUGGCUAUAUAGAAAACAUCCCAUUGAGGAGAAUGACAAGUACAAAAUCUCCAUCUCUCCUGAUGGCCUGACCCACCAGCUGGUGAUUAAAAACACACAGCUCACUGACAAAGGGACUUACACCCUCGAUAUCAGAAUCUGCUCCUCUAGUGCAUGGCUUGAGGUGGAACAAUCACAUUGCCAUUUCGACAAAGGUUUGUCUGAUGUCAGUGCCCAGAAAGGGAACCCCGCUGUGCUGUCUUGCAGCCUCAAUAACGAUCAGGUGGAGGGAACCUCGUUUAAAGAUGAAUUCAAGCAGCUAACAGGCCUGGAUGAAGUCUCUUCUGAAAAAUAUGGCCUGGUCCACAAACUGAUAGACACAGUAGAAGAUAGUCAUGCUGGAAAAUACAAGUUUGAAGCUGAAGGUGUCAAAACUGAAGCAUCUAUUUUGGUUGAAGAUCCUCCAAAUGUUGACAAGGCUCUUCUGGAAAAGCUGAUGAAGGAGCCUGUGAUAGUCAAGGCAGGGCAGAAUGCCAUGGUCAAAAUCCCAUUUGAGGGCCGGAAGCCAGUCAGAGCAACAUGGUUAAGGGACGGGGAUGAGCUCCUGAAUGAUGCCAGGAUCCAUAUCGACAAGGCGGACAACUUCACCCGGCUUUCGAUCUCCAGCACCAACAGGAGAGACUGUGGGGAUUACAAAGUGAAGCUGAAGAAUGAGAAUGGAACCCUAGAAGCCAACCUAAAGCUGGAGGUGAUAGACAAGCCACAGAAACCCAUUGGACCCAUAGAGGUGGUGGAUAGUUCCACAACUGGCAUAACCAUUCGAUGGAAGCCCCCAAAGGAUGAUGGGGGCACACCAGUGCAGAAUUACAUCAUAGAGAAGCAGCAGGUGGGCAGAAAAACCUGGGUAACAUUGGGAGAAACCAGCAGAAACAACAGCACUUUCACGACCAGCAAAGUGAGGCAAGACAAAAGCUAUCGCUUCAGGGUGCGAGCAGUGAACGCUGAGGGAAAGAGCAAGGCACUGGAAUCAGAUGAGGUGAUGGCUGCACCCAAAGCUUUCCCUGACCCUCCUGCGCCUCCUCAGAUUGUCAAUGCCAACAAAGAGUCCAUAACGCUCUCCUGGAAAGCACCUCCCAAAACGGGCAAUUCCAGAAUCCUAGGGUAUAUUGUUGAGAAACGCAAGAAAGGCAGCAACAUCUGGACACCUAUCACUGACCUGCCAAUAACCGACAGGAAGUGGAUGGUGACUAAUCUGAAGGAGGGACUGCAGUAUGAAUUCCGCGUGGCUGCUGUCAAUGCCACAGGGGUGGGCGAGGCCAGUGCACCAUCAGAUGCUGUCUUUGCUCGAGAUCCCAUAAAGCCUCCUGGUAGAGUGAGGGACCUUAAGGUGACCAAUACUGACUACACCAGCAUCACUCUGGCAUGGAUGAAACCUGAUUCAAAGGAAGGGGGGUCUGCCAAGGGCUACAAGGUGGAGAAGCGAUCCUCUGACAGCCUCAAGUGGACCCAUUGUAACACUGUCCCCAUAGGCUUGACAACCUGUACAGUUAAAGGUCUGCAAGCCAGAGCGAUGUACUUCCUCCGCGUGAGGGCCAUCAAUGAGGGAGGCCUAGGGGAAGCCCUAGCACUGGACACUUGCAUCCAAGCCGCGCCUCCCAUUGUUAAUCCCAAGUUCCUAAGAGAUGACACUAUGAAAAACUUUAUGAUUAUAAAAGCGGGAAGUUGUAUCCGAGUGCACAUGCCCUUUGAAGCAUCCCCAACUCCAGAAGUGAUUUGGCUAAAAGAUGGGCUUCCUCUACCCAGCAGGGCCAUAGUGAGCACCAGAGAUGGCCUCAGCCAACUCUUGAUUCCAUCAGCUGAGUUUUCUGACAGUGGGCUCUAUACCAUCAUACUUCAAAAUGAGUGGGAGAAAAAAGAAUCCUUCAGCUUCCAAGUCCAAGUCGCAGAUAUCCCACAGUCCCCCGGCCCUAUUCUUCUGCAAGAGAAAAUCCUUAAUACAGUGACAGUGAUCUGGGAGCCCUCGCCGACAGAGAAGUGGGAAAGUAACCUGUACUAUGUGGUCAUGAAACGUGACUCCAACAAGGGCUCAUGGCAAGUGGUGGGUGACCUGAUCUACACCAACAAGUUUACCAUCACCAAACUUAUCCCUGGCCGGGGGUAUUACUUUAGGGUUGUGGCCAAAAAUUACAUGGGAACCAGUGAUCCAUCUGAAACGGUGCAGCCCUGGAUCAUGCAAAAGGAAAAGGAUGAGUUUAAAGUCAGACUACCCAAAUACAGGAGGGUGAAUCAAAAUAUGCCCCCAAGAUUCCUCGUCCAAUUGAAGCCCCAUGUGGUGACCACAGCAUUUGAUUGUCACAUGAGCUGUGCAGUGAGUGGCUACCCAAAACCUAAGAUCACCUGGUACAAGGAUAACAGGAAUCUCUCAGAAGACCCCAGCUUCUUCAGCACAAAUGACUUUGGUGUCUGUUGCCUGGUGAUCCCAGGUGUCACGAAGAGAGAUGAAGGAGAAUACAAGGUGGAAGCCACCAAUGGAUUGGGCCAUGCGGUCAGCAAAGCCAUGCUUAUCAUAAAAGAUCCCUCCUUCUAAUGUGAUCUGCCUGAGGACAGCUCUGCACAGCCGUCCGAAUGACAACGCUUUUAUGUAGAACUGACACAGUACCCAAAAGCUACAAAUCUAGUUUUAUAACCAGCUGACAGUCUCAGGUUGUCUCUUGUUUUCUGACCCGUUGGCUGUAUCUUGAGCAUUGUGCUGCAUGUGUGUGGGAGAAAACAAAAGCUUUUAGAACCGCAAAAUCUUUUCAGAAUGGACGUAUGAUUCUGUACAACAGCCCUCCAAAGGGGGGAAAGAUGGCCUUCCAAAGCAAGGAGAAACUUAAAGGACACAGAAGGUGACUGUGGAGGGAGAACUGUAGGGAGGUAGAGUUGGCCAUGAGUGAACUUUCCAUGGACACCACAGGCAUGAGACAUCAUCCUGCAAUGCCAAGAGGCUAAUUCCACCUACUCAUGAACCGUGGCUGAGAAAUCUCUUGGAAGCAGAAACUUUGCUGGAGAAGCUCGUUGAAGCCGACAGGCUUGGAUCAGAUUUCUGACUGCCUGUCUCACAUGGUUUGGCAUUGUUCUGUUCCCUUUGUUUUAAAAUCUCCGAAGAACUGGGGAGCAUGACUUUAAAGGUUGUGGUGGGGAGAAAAGGUGGCAUGUUCCUGGAUCCUCAGAGGAAGGGCUUCCUGGCUGGUGGGAGUUGCCCAGUGAGUUCUGUUCCUCCCUGAGGGGUCACAUUGGUCCCACAUUUGGCCUCUGGAGGGUUGAGGUAUGAGAAAGAAGGCUGGAGGAGAUCAGCAGAUGCUUUUGAUGCAAAGCAGCAAGGCUGGGACAGAUUUCAAAUUAGAUUAACCCCAGUCAUCCCCUCCAGCAUGGAAAAGAAGUCAUUUAAACCAGGAGAAAUAUUGAGAUUUUAAUGCAAUCCUUUGCCUCCUGACAAACAUCUAAGAUGUAGAUAGGUAUUUGUUUUUAGCCUGUUGUGUAACAAGCUACACCAGGCUUCCAAAAGUCCCCAUUCAGUUAACAGCAGUUCUGCAUUUAUCUCAUUGUCAAUAGAAGUUAUGUGUAUUAUGCUCUUUACCCUCCAGGCUGAAAACAAUAUAUGUCUAUAUAAAAACAAAACAGCCACAAAGUUGGCAGUCUCUCCAGGGACGGUAUGUCAGCAUUAAGGUGCACUGGCAGAGGUAAGUGGGAGACCAAGACUGGAGUAGCAAGGAUCAAGGUACAUGGGUAGAGCCGUGCUGCACUUCUCUGCACUAUGCUCCUGUCCUCAGUGCUACUACCCAGGAUGUAAUAUAUUUACUCCAACAAAUUAAUGCUGAAAAUAUAAUUUCUCCCUGGCUCCCACCAUCUCUACACUACCUUUGAUACAGUGCAGUUAGAGGGUUAAAACCUUGCAUGAGAAUCCACCUGAGUCCAUUGAGUCUGCACUGGUUGAAUGGUUUGGUCACUGAAAGGGGGAUGAAGGACUGAAAGCAACAGUUUCUGAUGAAAGCACAGAGAGAAAGCAUCAUAGACUCUGUGCUAGAGCUGUUGCUGGGUAAUGGAUUCAUAGCAAGCAGGGCCAAGCCAAGAAUCGGAAACUGGUGGCCAUUGGAUCCUCAGACAGACAAUCAAAUGCUUGCAUGGGAGCUCAUGUUAUUGAAGUGUUCCCCACCUCCCCUCCCGUUAGGGCUUUCCUUGAUAAUGUUUUGUGCUAAUGAUGUACAGAAAUGGCAAUGAUGGGUCAAGAUGAAAUUAAAUAAUAAAAACCACAUUGAGUAAGAGGGAUUCUGUCUUCAAAAUAAAAAUAGCAGCUAGCUCCUGAAUGUUGAUUUCACAUACUCUACAACUACUUUUUUGUGUAUGAAUUGCUACCUCCUCAUUCUAUCAUACCUGCUGAGAUUCUUGCCAAACCUUCAUGGAAUAACAGAUCCAUCUAGGUUUCUAUAAGGUUGCCUAUAACUGUAGUAUCUGAGCACCUAUGAGGCAUUGGCAGAAUGAUGGAUUGGAAAGUCUAAUUUACAUAUGCUUAUACAAAUUAGAUACAGAGAAAAGAUAAGGGUGUGACAUUAUUGAUAUAAUCUGGAACCAUAUAGAACAUGGUUGCAACCAAGAUCCUGUAGUGGCACCAAAUCUU